AAAUUCGAUUCGCGAGCUGGUGGCAUGCGUUCGGCCUCAUCAUAAGUCGAGUGCGUCCCCGGCAGGUCGAGUGACAGGCCUCCGCGUGGCCGCUGCUGCUGCUGCAUCCAUCGUCGAUGGUCUAUGGAGAGCUGACAUUGGCCCUCGACCUCCUCGACCUCCUCGCCCUCCUUCCUUAACCGCGGGUCGCUCUUAUCUGAGCGACGGUGGCACCACCGCAGGCCGAGCACAUUGGCACCCCAGCAGCAGCUUUCUCUCUCGGCUUCGACGGACGAAUGUCGAUUUGUCGAUUGCCCGGCUCCUUCAUCCCUUCAUCGCCUUGCCCUGUCCUGCCCUGCCCUGCCCUCCUCCUUCAGCUCUCGCGCUGAGGCCUUGCUUUCGAAGCGCAUCGCAUCGAUUCCAAGCGGCUGACAGCUGAUCUCGCCGAUGUGGUGGUCGUCUGUGCAAGCCAGCGGUGAGAAGGCCAGGGCUCAGAUCUACGCCUUGCUCAAUUCGUCGCCCUUGAGCGCAUUCUGGAAGUCUGACGACGACGAGCUGAGCGAGCGGGAGCAUCAGCAACAGCGGGGGCCGUCUGAAAUGGAACCGGAGUCGUCGGGCGGCGAUCAGCAGCAGACCGCGACGACGACGACGACGAUCUUCGAAGUGCCGUACGACGCGCUGCACAACGUUCUUCUUCGGCUGCCGUUACCCGACAUCGCGCGCCUCUGCUGCGUGUGCAAGCGAUGGGACGCGCUCGUGCGCGCUCUGAACGUCUUCCGCUUCGGCGGGGGAUGCGCGGCGUCGUCGAAGCCGUACUGCAUCCGCGUGCGCAAGGACUGCCGCGAGCUCGAGGUCUACGACCGUUCGCUCCGCCGCUGCCACACGCUGUCGCUGGACUUCGUCGCGGCCUCGUACGACAAAUUGUCGCUGCUCGCCUCGGGCGCGGGGUUCCUGCUGCUGCGAGCCGACGACGGGGCGCUGAUCGUCUGCAAUCCGCUGACCGAAAUGUGGCGCGAGCUCCCGCCGCUCGACCCGCCGCCGGCCUUCACCAAUUCGCGCCUGCUCCUGAACGCGCGCGAGCCAUACCAGGGCAUCUGCAUCUGCCCUCCGCCGGGCUCCACCUUCUCGUUCUUCGACCCCGUCGAUCAUCCGGGCUCGGAGAGCCCCAUUUUCUCAACAAUUUUCGCCGAUCCACUCAGCAUGUCCUACUGCAUUUUGAUCGCGGGCUACAAGCGAGACGAGCGAGCCAGCGGAGUGUUAGGAUCGACCUACGACUCCAUGACUAGAAUCUACCAAUUCUCGACCGACUCGUGGACCUCGGGCGGCAUGCUCCCGCGCAAGGAGUUCUACGGCACGGGCGGCGUCUUCUGCAAUGGCUUCUUCUACAGCGUGGUCCGCAUCAUGUGGCGCCGGCCGACCAUCAUUGUCUACGACUGGCGCAAGCGCGCCUGGAGCGACCUCGAGAUCGACCUGCCCUCGUCCAUUCUGCCUCCGCACCUCGUCGAGCACCACGGCGAUCUGCUGAUCGUCGGCUCGUGCUACGGCGACCAGUGGCGCCAGUACCUGCGGAUCUCGGGCUCCUCCGCCGCUGCUGUCGCCGACUCGCCCCUCGAAGUGACGCAGCCGAGCUGCAUUCGCAUUUGGCAGCUCGUGCUGCACGAGGGCUCGAAGUGGACCGAGGUGACCCGCAUGCCCAAGCAGCUCUACGACGAUUUUGUCAAGCAGGCGAAUGGCUACUACGAGUGCGUCGGCCGAGGCGACCUCAUUUACUUCGCCAAGGAAAGCGGCCAUGGGCCCGAGCUCGUUUACGACCUAUCGUGCGACGAGUGGACGAGGGUUUCUGGAGGCGUCGCUGGCUCUGGCAACAUGGCGCAAGUUCAAUUCCGCAAAGAAAUUCAUCUUUUUAAACCUUCUGUUCGUGUUCCCUGACAUGCGUGCGAGCAGUGGCUUUCGUUCCUGACGUGCGCGACAGACGAUCCUGGACUCGGUGAGUGCUGUGCUGUGCCAUGGAAACUAUUGUUUCAUGUCCCUAGAGCAGCAGUUAAGCGAGCAUCGCAAGUUAGAGGCAGGCUUGUCAUUUUCAGCGGACGAUGAUGAGGAGAUUUAAUUCUGUGUACCAGAUGCGCGAGAAGUUCUGUAUAUAAUAUCGGAGAUCAGAAGCUUUGACAC